AAAUGUGGUUUGUUUAUUAGUAUGACUUUCAUGUUAUGUACAUCUGACUUUUUAUCUUAUGUUUUAGGUUUAAUCUUUUUCAAUACGUUUACACCAUUUUGAAUAAGAACCAAGUGUUUUCUUCGAUUAUUCCUUUUAAAAUCCGACGUGGCAAAACAAAGAGAGGUGAGAAAAUCUUUAAAACGCCACUAGAAAGGGGAAUCAAAAAGAGCGUGAAAAAGAUCUCAAAAUGCCCACUUUCUUCACAAACAUGUGGCUCUCAUAUUUCUACAUGUCUCUCUCUCUAUUCUGACGUGUACUUUUCUCUCUUCUAUGCACUAUCUAUCGUCAUUAAUACCAACCUCAAGCCCCUUCUUGUUUUCUCUUCAUACUCUUUUUUUUUCCUCCGAUCUUCAUAGAGAAAAAAAACAGAGGAAACCAUUUAUUAGACCUUCAUAUUUCUAGAAGUUUCAUAAUUGGAGAUAAAAUAGUUAUGUCUAAAUCUAUAGAUAGGGAGAUAAAGUUGUUUGGGAGGACAAUCACAUCUCUUUUAGAUGUGAAUCGUUAUGAUCCAUCGUCUUUGUCCCAUGUUCACGAUGUUUCUUCUGAUCAAAGCAAGGAGGAUUCGUCAUCUUCUUCAUCUUCUUGUUCUCCAACUAUUGGACCAAUAUGGGUUCCGGCAAAUAAAAGUGAUCAAGAAAGUAACAGAUUCAAAGAUCCAUACAUAUUAUCAGAUCUAAACGAACCGCCAAAAGCAGUAUCUGAGAUUUCAUCACCAAGAAGUUCCAAGAACAAUUGUGAUCAACAGAGCGAGAUCACGACAACAAGUACUACAUCAGGAGAGAAAUCAACGGCUCUCAAGAAACCAGACAAGCUUCUUCCAUGUCCUAGAUGUGAAAGCGCAAACACCAAAUUCUGUUAUUACAACAACUACAACGUGAACCAGCCACGUUACUUCUGCAGGAACUGUCAGAGGUAUUGGACAGCUGGUGGUUCCAUGAGGAACGUUCCCGUUGGCUCAGGUCGUCGCAAGAACAAAGGCUGGGCUUCUUCAAACCAUUACUUGCAAGUCACUUCUGAGGAUUGUGAUAAUAAUAACUCCGGGACGAUCCUUAGCUUCGGUUCUUCGGAAUCUUCGGUGACAGAGGCUGGUAAGCAUCAAUCAAGAGAUACAACAAAAAUAAGCGCUGAUUCAGUUUCCCAAGAACACAAAACCUACCAAGGGUUUCUUCCUCCGCAAGUAAUGUUACCUAAUAAUUCUUCUCCUUGGCCUUACCAAUGGAGUCCAACGGGUCCUAAUGCUAGUUUCUACCCUGUCCCCUUUUAUUGGGGAUGCACGGUUCCGAUAUACCCUACCUCAGAGACAUCACCGUGUUUAGGAAAACGGUCAAGAGAUCAAACUGAAGGAAGAAUCAAUGAUACUAAUACAACAAUAACUACUACAAGAGCAAGAUUGGUUUCAGAACCUCUUAAAAUGAAUAGCGAAGCUACUAAGAGCGCGGUGUGGUCUAAGUUACCGACAAAACCCGAGAAAAAAACGCAAGGAUUCAGUUUGUUCAAUGGAUUUGACACAAAGGGUAACAGCAACAGAAGCAGCUUGGUCACUGAAACUUCUCACAGUCUACAAGCAAACCCUGCAGCGAUGUCUAGAGCUAUGAACUUCAGGGAGAGCAUGCAACAAUAAUCAGACACUGAUAUAGAUAUAUAUAUAUUCAUGAACUGAGAGAUUUGAGUUUAGCUAAUUGUUACCUUGUGGAAGAAGAAAAGUCCGUGUAGAUAUUUUGUUGUUUCGAAGUAAGAGUAGAUAUAGUAUUUACUGUUUGUACACAAACAGAAAUAUUUUUGGAGGUGUAGAUAUUUCUCUCCAUUGUGCGAUGAAGUUGCAAAAUAUAUAAACCUUUAGAUUAAUAAUA